AAUAGUUUUCACUUUCUUCAUCUUAAACUCUUUCAUGGGUACGAUCAAAUCUCUGUUCUUUUGCUUCUUGUUCGCCGGAAUCUUGUUUUUCCGACCAACCACCGCCAGAUUCCUCCACUUUUCUCUUUCUGACGUGAAAUCUUAUGUUUCCGAUCCACCUUUAUCUGCUGCUGUAGACUUAUCUGCUUUGCCUCCGGCACCGUCGCCAAGGGAGGAGGAAAACGACGAGAGCGGUGGUGUGCAGAAGGUGCAUACGGAAAACCAUCGUCACUCGUCGGACAAAUCUGUCGCCGGCGGCGGUGUUAUCAUCGGUGGUCUUGCAACCGCCGUUUUAGCCACGCUUUAUUGCUACAUUCGGGUCACCCGCAGAAAAGAUGGUGGAAAUCAUUAAAAGCUUCGAUUUUUUUUUUUUAGUUUUUUUUUUUUUGGGGUUUUUAUUUGGGUAAAUAUAUGUUUUACCAACACCAUUUGAGACUACGAUAUACUGAAUUUGUUUAGUUUUAUCUAGUUUAUUUUUAACUGGUA